CACAGCCGCGAUAUCCAAUCCAAUCCAGCCGCCAGCGUUCAGUGUUCGCGGCUAGCUCGUUUGGGUUUGGCUGUGAUGUCCUUUCGAAAACCGCUCGAUGUUCACUGUCCACAGUAUACAAAAUUUCCUCUUGGACAUCCUCGUGGAAUACUGCUUAUUUCUGCCUCUUGAUGUGUGGACCAAGUACGCCAUCAGGGCCCAUAGGAGUCAUGCUGAAAGCUGCAGCCAUAUAUGGUUCUCGGAAGCACAGAUCCUUGGGGUGUUGUGUGGGCUGCUGAUGGUGUGGCGUGGAAGUAUUCCCUGGCUGUUAUUGCUGCUCACCUGCGGUGCCUACUAUUCCUCUGCUCCCUCUACGCUGACCAGCUCAUUGGCAUGGGCCUGGCUGCAAGGAAUGGCAAGCCUUGGAGCUGCUCUGGAUGCAUUCUUUUUGCAGGUGUUUCCCAGGAGCCAGUGGGGAGAAGCAGAGCUCUGCAGUUUGGGUAACAACUUGUGCAAUGCAGUCAAAGGUGUGACCACCUCUUUGGGGAAGGCUGCAGCUUGGGCAUGGGCUAGCUUGGGCCGCUGGCACAAGGACUUCUGGGACGGCUACGAACAUCAUGCAGACAGUAUGAGCCAUACAUUGCUGCAAGCUCCUGAAGCAUCCCAAGUUAUGCCGACUACUGCGGGCAAGGGAAGCAUACUUAAUAUCUGGCCACAGUAUGGCCCAGAAGAAAGUACACCACUUUCUGCAGCCAGGUUGUGAAGCUGUGUAAUCAAGAAGCAUGGUGCUGCGUGACAGAUCAAGGCAUUACCUACCAGCUUCAUUUACUUCUGUGCAUGCUGAGCUUUAAUUCAAGCUCAACUAUGUUGCUUAAUAUGUCACUAAUGUUUGAUUAGAGCACACCACACUUCAUACGUGAGUGGGAGGUUGAUGUGUAUUUUACAAGUUUAUGCAAAUACAAAUGCAUUUUAUGAAUG